CCUGUACUAGCCGACGCUUCUACGAACAACACCUGACAAGACAAAUGAUAAACAAGCAUUGGGACAAAUUCUUUUUCCCCAAACCAAAGUGAAUAUUAGUCAGCGGAGGCUCGCUAACGUCCCCGCCCGCAGUCCCUAUGCGAUACAAGGCAUGGCAGAGAGACAGGACAAUGAGGUGGAGGAGGCUGACCAGAUCUACCUGCUGAUGAAGGAGGAGUAUCGGAUCUCUAGGAAUGUGCGUCUGGCGUGGUUCCUUGGCAAACUUAACCAAGUCAUCUGGCCAGCUUCAAAACAUGAACUGCUGAACUCCGAGAAUGAAUUGGACUUGCUGAGUAUCUUACCUAAAGGAUGGCAGACGGACUUCUCCCCCACCAUGUACCCCUACAUGUUGGUGCCAUCCACUCGAGCCACCUUCCUGGCCCGGAGGUACCGCUUCAUCAUUGAGCUGGACCUCAGCCCCUCCACAGGCAUCGUGGACGACAGCACAGGAGAGAUGAUCUUUGACGAGGUGUUUCAUGCCUUGUCGAGGUGUCUGACUGGUCUGGCACAACCAUUCAAAGUCCCCGGAACUGACCAACUUUUCAAGCCCAAGAUUUUCAUCACCAUCUUGGCGUAUUCGUCAAUUAUUGGCCUCGCCUCCCAUCAGGUUUUGGUACAGGGCUGUCAGCUUGAUAGAAUAAACCUCGAUGAGUUCCGGCAUCACAUCUACCAGCAGCUCAGAGCAGUGGAGAGCAACAUCGCAGAAGUCCUACAUCAGCAGCAUGAACAGUGUGUGGAGCCAGUCCGAUGCUCAAGUCCCCGUAGCAACAUCCAGGAUGAGCAGCCCCACAGGAAGCAAGGCAUUUCAAUGGUGUCCGCUGAUAUGGGUCUGGUCAGCAUGGUACGUCAGGGCAUCCUUGCCCUCCAGUUGCUGCCCCCAAACUCCAGUGCAGGUAUCAUUAUAAUCACAGACGGAGUGACCAGUGUUCCUGAUGUGGCCGUGUGUGAAACGCUGCUGAACCAGCUCAGGAGUGGAACCAUCGCCUGCUCCUUUGUGCAGUAUUAA